AUGAGCUGCUGUGGCUGUUCAGGAGGCUGUGGCUCCAGCUGUGGGGACUGCAAGGGUGGCUGUGGCUCCUGUGGGGGCUGCAAUUCCAGCAGCUGCAAGCCCUGCUGUUGUCAGUUCAGCUGCUGUGGCUCCAGCUGCUGUAAGCCUGUCUGCUGCCAGUCCAGCUGCUGCAAGCCCUGCUGCUGUCAGUCCAGCUGCUGCAAGCCCUGCUGCUGCCAGUCCAGCUGUUGCAAACCCUGCUGCUGUCAGUCCAGCUGUUGUAAGCCCUGCUGCUCUUCAGGCUGUGGGUCAUCUUGCUGUCAGUCCAGCUGUUGUAAGCCCUGCUGCUGUCAAUCCAGCUGCUGCAAACCCUGCUGCUGUCAGUCUAGCUGCUGCAAGCCCUGCUGCUGUCAGUCUAGCUGCUGCAAGCCCUGCUGCUGCCAGUCCAGCUGCUGCAAACCCUGCUGCUGUCAGUCCAGCUGCUGCAAGCCCUGCUGCUCUUCAGGCUGUGGGUCUUCCUGUUGCCAGUCUAGCUGCUGUAAGCCCUGCUGUUGUCAGUCCAGCUGCUGUGCUCCUGUGUGCUGCCAAUGCAAGAUCUAA